GAACCGUUGAAGUUCAGCUGAAGUGCAAGCAGCGUGAACUUGAUAACUUGAUAACUUUGAAGGAUAACGAUAUAUAUUUUCCUUUCCUUUCCUUUUUCGUCUCACCCUGUCAUUUCACAAGCAGAGAGUGGAUUGAAUUCAUUUUUUAAUUAAGAAAAGAGCUUCGAUUGGUUUUAAGUUUGGAUUUAAGAAGACUCAGAAAAGAUGGCGAGCUUCCCACGGAGAUCUUUGCACCCCGCGCAUGGAGCAUCAAACCUGUGGUAGCCUGGCCAGCUACCAUAAGGUUUCUUCGACGACAGUUGAACAAGCACUUUGCAUCUUUGCGCGUGGACAGAUAAGUGCAAUCCUUUUCACACUGAGAAGGGAAUCCUUUGCAUACACGAACACAGGACUGUUGAUUGACUGAUUUUCCAUAUUGUUUUUCAUAUUGAUUUCCUGCAUUGUUUUUUCCUGUUGAACAUACUGAAUUGGUACACUGUUUUUUAAGUGUAUAUUUGAUUACUGAAGUGUUUCAUAUAGGGUGCAUUUUCUUUUGCUACUUUAAUUCGUAUUGAAUGUACAUUUUGGUGCAUAUUUACAUGUUUUUGUUAUUUUCUUUUAUUUAAUUAUACAUUUACACACACUUAUUCAUACACUGACUGCAACAUAUUCAAAUUUCUACAUUAACAUUCCAAGGAAACUGUACAAAAUAAAGUGUUUACUAUUUGCAAGCUUUUAGUUUUAAUGGUGAUUUCAACUCUAGUUUCUAGAAUCUUCGUGAGUGUAGCUCUUUUCUACUAGUCCAGACAACACAGGUGCUACAUAAUAGUGGCGAGCUAGCCAGGAGAGUUGUGGCUUUUGUUUGUACAGUUUCCUCACCUGUUAUUGCGAGAAAUAAUUUUUUUUCUUGUUGCCCUAACAUUUAAGCAUUUAAAAAUGGAUGUCAUAAGAUCUGAAAACAUCAAAGUGCCUAAUGCCUUGUUAGUCAGUGGAUUGUCUCAUUCUGAGGCUGAUGAUUAUAUUUUUGAGUUCCUACGUACAUAUGGCACUGUAAGCAGAGUCUUGCAGAUAGAUAGCCCAGAUCCAGUUUUUCUGAAUACUGCUGUUGUAGAGUACGACAGUGGCGCAGCUAUAGAGAAACUUAAGUAUGAACUACCUUUUUCCAAAAUGUCCCCUUCUGAACCAAGUGUGAUUCAUCACAUUAAACUGCUGUCUACUCUAUUUACCACAUCUCUCGGAUCUAGCCUUACCAGUAGCUAUAUAACAGAACUGAAAAAUGUUGCAAAAUUAGGUGGCAUAGACUUUGAAGCAUUGCUUCAAGAAGAGUUAGCCAGAAUCCGAGUGUCCACUAAAAGUGAAUCUUCCACACAAGAUGUAAGCUUGGGGAAAUCCCCAAGCUGUCAUUUAAACAGGGCUGAUGUAUCCAUACGGAUAGAUGAGGAUGAGGAUGUAAUUCAAGGAACUUGCCCUUUUCCAAAAGGGAACACUCAAAGCCCUUUACCCAGAAUCUUGACUUGUUCAGUUCCCACUUCUGCAACAGCCAUACGCUUACCAGUUGAUCAGCUAAGUACCCCUGAUGUUCAAAGAUUAGUCGUCGAGCACAUAGUGAAGGGUGAUGAUGUUUCUUCCAGGCAUCGCUCUCUGAAACUAAGAUCCUUCUCUGGGAAAAGUCCUGUUCCAGCAAUGGAAGUUGAUUAUGAAACAUGGCGGAGCCACAUUGACUUCUAUCUCAAGGAUUCUUCUUUUCCUGAUCUGCAAGUGGUUAGGAAAAUUGUUGAAAGUCUCUUGUCUCCUGCAGCGACCAUGGUGAAGCAUUUAGGCCCUCAGGCGAGUUCUGCUUGUUAUUUAAGUUUGUUGGAUUCUGCUUAUGCUGCUGUGGGCGAUGGAGACGAACUCUUUGCAAAGUUUCUUAGUACAAAUCAGAAUGCUGGCGAGAAACCUUCUGCUUAUUUACAUAGGCUGCAGAUCUCUCUCAGUGCAGUAGUAAAGAGAGGUGGACUACCUGCCAGUCAAAUGGACCGCCAGUUGCUGAAACAAUUCUGCAGAGGAUGCUGGAACAACAGCUUGAUCACAAAUCUCCAGCUUGAGCGGAAAUUAGAUAACCCACCAUCUCUAUCUGAGUUCAUUGCUUCUGCUACGGACAGAGGAAGACAAACAAGCCGCAAAAUGAGCCUGAUCAAGCACCAAAGAGACGACCCCAUAAUUGGACGAGUCAUCCAGGCUCUGGAAGCAGGGUGUUCAGUGUCUGGAGAUUCGGAUACUCACUCACACGACCUCAAGUUGAUGAUCAAGGAGUGGAAGCGUUACGUUAUGAGAGAUGGCAUCUUGUAUAGGAAACGCCAGUGUGACGACCACCUUGUUUAUCAGCUUGUACUUCCUGAAGCGCUGAGAACCUCCGUGCUCAAGUGUCUCCAUGACGAUAUGGGCCACAUGGGGAUCGAUCGGACACUUGACUUAGUAUCAGGAAAGUGCGAACAAGUCCUUACCAUCGAGAGAUUACCAGUGGACAUUGCCUUUAACUUGCCAGUCAGGGAGGCCAAAUCUCAGUCACACUCCCAGUAUGCUCAGAGCCUCAAGUCUCGUUUACAGGAGAGCUUCAAAACUGCUACUGCAAAUGCUCAGAAGUUGGCUGAUCGGAAUAAGCAACGAUUUGACAGGCGUGUGCGAGAAUCCAAGCUUGAAGUGGGAGAUCAAGUUCUGGUUAGAAACCUCCGCCUGCGAAAUAAGCAUAAAUUAGCUGAUAAGUGGGAGUCUGUUGCCUAUCGUGUCCUGGAGAAGAUGGGAAACUUACCUGUCUACAAGGUCCAGUCAGUAAAUGGAGACAGUCCAACUCGAACCCUACAUCGCGACCUCUUGUUGCCUUGCGGGUACUUGUUUGAGGAGAAUGAUGAACCAGCGGAACCGAAGCCUAUUCGUCGUCCUCGAACCAGAGCAAAUCUUUCUCGAGACCCCGACGAGGGACUUGAUGAAGAUUUCUGA